GUGGGGGUGGGGGCGGCGGCGGGCGGCGGGAGGCGGGCCUGGGCGGUCUCCUCCCUCCGGGAUCCGGGCAGAAGCGGACACCUCGGGUCUGGGCUGGGGCGCUGCCGCCUCUCCCCCGCCGCGGGUCCCGAUGGCGGCCGAGCCGCUGACUGAGCUGGAGGCGGCCAUCGAGACAGUGGUCACCACCUUCUUCACCUUUGCAGGGCAGGAGGGCCGCAAGGGCAGCCUCAGCAUCAAUGAGUUUAAGGAACUGGUCACUCAGCAGCUGCCUCACUUGCUCAAGGAUGUGGACUCCUUAGAUGAGAAGAUGGAGAGCUUGGAUGUGAAUCAGGACUCCGAGCUCAAGUUCCAUGAGUACUGGAGACUGAUAGGGGAGCUGGCCAAGGAGAUCCGGAAGGAGAAGGCCCUGGAGAUCCGGAAGAAGUAAAGCCCCUGACCAGGAUGGGGCCAGGCUGGCCAGGCAAAACCCCACUCCCCCCCAAUAUAGCUUCCUCCUUGAAACACAAAUGUUUCUUGUUCCCACCCUACCCUGCUUUCUUCUCUUGAGAGGAGGUGGUCUGAGAGUGGGUCCAAAAAUUUUGAGCUCUUUGUAGACCAGGGAUGUUACUCAUCUUUGAAUAUCAUUCUGCAGCAUCAAGCACUGUACCGGGGAGGUGCUCAAUAAAUUAAUGGUUGAGGAGGGGCUCCUGGGUGGCUCUGUCA